AUGAAAAGUUCGCCAUCUAAACCGAGCCUGUCUAUUAUAGGCGACUGGUUUCACGUUGGCCAGGCUGCAGUGGGUGCCAAGGACAACAGCUAUCAUGAAUUGGUGUAUAAAGGUCCAAGCUCUUUUGUUGGUGCCGUGAAACUCGUGCACACCAAAGGUUAUAUGUCCAACCGGAAGGGACUCACAAACUCCUACUGGGGGUUAGUGAAUGAAUCCCAAGUUCUCGCGACCGUCAUCACAGAUGUUGAAAAUAGGAUCAUCUAUCCUUCCCCCUUCGUAACUCAAUUGACCUGGCAUGGUUUGUAUCGAAUGCCCGGAUACAACAGUACAUCUCCUUACCUGGUCUUUAGUGAUUUCUGCGCGCCGCAGUAUUUCGAAGGAGGCAGGAAAAUCAGAAUAUGGUACAGCGAAGAUCUUUAUGAUUAUACUGAUCAUAACAACGACGGAACAUCCCAUAUGGAAGUGUAUUUUUUUUUGUAUGGAAAUAGAAAGGCCAAGUUGCAAAACAACUAAAAGAACGCUUUAUAACUGAAAUGAUAUUAUAAUAGUAGUUGCAAAACAACAAAAUGAACGCUUUAUAAUUGAAUUUGAACUGAUAGCAUCUUCAUAUAAAUAGUAAGUGAAUACUAAUAGACCUUAAUUUUCUUGAUAUCUGGAAAACACUUUGUAAUAUUCGAAAGAAAUACAGUAAAAAUCGCUGAAAUUUUCAUGCAAAAGUCUAUAACGUUUUUUGAUGUGCCAAACAGGACGGACAGUGAUGGAAAUUGCAUAGAAGGUAAAUAGAAGGGACAUAUUUACGAGCGUUUCUGGGA